AUGGUCUCUACUAGGGCGAGACACGAGGAAGGCAUCCUUCCCGCUGCUCUGGAGCUACAAAAUCAUCUCAUCCUUCCUGCUGCUCCCAUGGGGAUGACUUCUGGAAAGCUUUCUCCGAAACGUACUCUGAGUUUGGACGAAGAUUCAGGCAUUUUGAGGAGGACUAAUAUGGCAAGGACGACAAAAGACAAAGUGCCAGUUUGCAGUUCGGCGACCUGUCAUAGUAUUGGGGAUCGACUCAAGACUGAAGGCCGUUCUCAGGGGCAUGAGGCUAGUCAAAACCCCUUUGCAGAGCAUAUUCAGGUGUAUACAAAGCCCGACAAUUUCAAGCUGCCCGAAGAUAUCAAGAAGUACAGCGGAGACACCUGUCCAAUCGUCCUUUUGGCUGACUAUACAGCAGCAAUGGAUCUUCGAGGAGCAUCAAGAGAACUCAUGGCCAAGGCCUUGCCGAUCUUCCUCACCGACAGUGCCAAUACGUGGUUUGACAAUUUACCACCAGGAAGUGUUAGUUCAUAUCUCAAAUGGAGAGCGAUGUUGCAUGUGUUAUUCUUCUCCUGUAAGAGGGCUUCCAAGACUAUUCAUGAAUUGGCUUCGGUACGUCAGCGGAAGAAUGAUUCCUUGGCCCAAUAUUACGAUUGGUUCAACAAGGAGUUGAUACUUAUUGACCAGAUAGACAACCUUGUUGUCCGGGUCGAAUUCCUCAACGGAUUAUCUCCCUUUGGAGCCGGGGCUGCACUUUGGAGGAAGCUCAUGGAUAAAUUCCCCGAGAGCACCCAAAGACUCUGGAAGAUAGUUAAAAAGGAAGUCAGAAAGGAGGAAUCACUCCGGAGGGCUCGAGAAACAUUCCACGACAACAAGAAGGAGCAAAAGCCAAUCAAGGAAGAAAGGAUGGAUCUUAACUACCUAUGUAAUAGGGAGUUGGUUCAAGAGAGCUAUGAUCAAGAUGAUGAGAAUGUCAUUAACUUUGGGGUUCAAACCAAAGGAGAUGAUUCACUCAUGGAAAUAAGUGCUCAAGAGUAUCAAAGGAGUUUGACUCUAGGUGCUCCAUGA